UUGGCCGCCGCCGCCGCCGCGGGCCCCGUGAGGAGGAGCCGCCGCCUCCAGCGCGGUCCCGGCACCUCCGCGCCGCCAUGGGCAACCGGGGCAUGGAGGAGCUCAUCCCGCUGGUCAACAAGCUGCAGGACGCCUUCAGCUCCAUCGGGCAGAGCUGCCACCUGGACCUGCCGCAGAUCGCCGUGGUGGGCGGGCAGAGCGCCGGCAAGAGCUCGGUGCUCGAGAACUUCGUGGGCCGGGAUUUCCUCCCUCGAGGCUCCGGCAUCGUCACCCGGCGCCCCCUGAUCCUGCAGCUCAUCUUCUCCAAGACAGAAUACGCCGAGUUCCUGCACUGCAAGUCGCGCCGUUUCACCGAUUUCGAGGAGGUUCGCCAGGAGAUCGAGGCCGAGACCGAGCGGCUGACGGGGACCAACAAGGGGAUCUCGGCUGUGCCCAUCAACCUCAGGGUGUACUCGCCCCAUGUGCUGAACCUGACCCUCAUUGACCUCCCUGGCAUCACCAAGGUCCCCGUGGGGGACCAACCCCAGGACAUCGAGCAGCAGAUCCGGGACAUGAUCCUGCAGUUCAUCAGCAGGGACAGCAGCCUGAUCCUGGCUGUGACCCCUGCAAAUGUGGAUUUGGCCAACAGUGAUGCACUGAAAAUGGCCAAGGAGGUGGAUCCCCAGGGGCUCAGGACCAUCGGGGUCAUCACCAAGCUGGACCUGAUGGACGAGGGCACCGACGCCCGCGACGUGCUGGAGAACAAACUGCUGCCCCUGAGGAGAGGGUACAUUGGAGUGGUGAACAGGUCCCAAAAGGACAUCGACGGCCGCAAGGACAUCCGCGCGGCGCUGGCGGCCGAGCGCAAAUUCUUCCUGUCCCACCCGGCUUACCGGCACAUGGCCGAGCGCAUGGGCACCCCCCACCUGCAGAGGGUCCUCAACCAGCAACUCACCAACCACAUCCGCGAGACGCUGCCGGCGCUGCGCAGCAAGCUGCAGAGCCAGCUGCUCUCCCUGGAGAAGGACGUGCAGGAGUACAAGAACUUCAGGCCUGACGACCCUGCCAGGAAAACCAAAGCUCUGCUGCAGAUGGUGCAGCAGUUCGGGGUGGAUUUUGAGAAGCGCAUCGAGGGCUCAGGGGACCAGGUUGACACCCUGGAGCUGUCGGGGGGCGCCCGAAUCAACCGAAUCUUCCACGAGAGGUUCCCCUUCGAGCUGGUCAAGAUGGAGUUUGAUGAGAAGGAUUUGAGGCGGGAGAUCAGCUACGCCAUCAAGAACAUCCACGGGGUGAGGACCGGUCUGUUCACCCCUGACCUGGCGUUCGAGGCCAUUGUGAAGAAGCAGGUGGUGAAACUCAAAGAGCCCUGCCUGAAAUGUGUGGAUCUGGUGAUCCAGGAGCUGAUCAACACCGUGCGCCAGUGCACCAGCAAGCUCGGCUCCUACCCCCGGCUGCGCGAGGAGACCGAGCGCAUCGUGACCACGCACAUCCGCGAGCGGGAGGGCAAGACCAAGGACCAGAUCCUGCUGCUGAUCGACAUCGAGCUCUCGUACAUCAACACCAACCACGAGGAUUUCAUCGGCUUCGCCAAUGCUCAGCAGAGGAACACCCAGGCCAACAAGAAGAGAGCGAUCCCCAACCAGGGGGAGAUCCUGGUGAUCCGGCGGGGCUGGCUGACCAUCAACAACAUCAGCUGGCAUCUGAAGGGCGGCUCCAAGGAAUAUUGGUUCGUGCUGACGGCCGAGUCCCUGUCCUGGUACAAGGACGAGGAGGAGAAGGAGAAGAAGUACAUGCUGCCCCUGGACAACCUGAAAAUCCGGGAUGUGGAGAAAGGAUUCAUGUCCACUAAGCACGUGUUUGCCAUCUUCAACACCGAGCAGAGGAAUGUGUACAAGGACCUGAGGCAGAUCGAGCUGGCCUGUGACUCCCAGGAGGACGUGGACAGCUGGAAAGCCUCGUUCCUCAGGGCUGGGGUUUAUCCUGAGAAAGACCAGACGGAGAGUGAGGAGGGGGCUCAGGAAAACACCUUCUCCAUGGACCCCCAGCUGGAGAGGCAGGUGGAGACCAUCAGGAACUUGGUGGAUUCCUACGUGGGGAUCAUCAACAAAUCCAUCCGGGACCUCAUGCCAAAGACCAUCAUGCACCUCAUGAUCAACAAUACCAAGGAUUUCAUCCACUCGGAGCUGCUGGCGUUCCUGUACUCUGGGUCUGACCAGGCCAGCCUGAUGGAGGAGUCCCCCGAGCAGGCCCAGCGGAAGGAGAUGCUCCGCAUGUACCACGCGCUGCGCGAGGCGCUCGCCAUCAUCGGCGACAUCAGCACCAGCACCGUCAGCACCCUGCCACCCCCCGUGGAUGACACCUGGCUGCAGCCUGGGGGCCCACACAGCCCCCCUCCCCAGCGCCGGCCGCCCUCGGCGCUGCCCCCCCCGGGCCGCCCCCCGUCCCUUCGAGCCGCGGCCCCGGGGCCGCCGCCGCUGCUGCUGCCCUGCCCGGGGGGGGCCGCGCCCUUCGCCGCCCCCCCCAUCCCCUCCCGCCUCGGCCCCUGGGCCCCCAGCGACCCCUUCACGGCCCCCCCCCAAAUCCCCGCCCGGCCCGCCAGAGUCCCGCCCGGCAUCCCCCCGGGAGUGCCCAGGAGACCCCCAGCGGCCCCGAACCGCCCGACCAUCAUCCGGCCCGCCGAGCCCUCCCUGCUGAUUAACCCACGGGGUCUGCUGGGAUCUGCUGGGAUCCACUGGGGUCUGGGGUUAACGGGGUCUGGGGGAUCCAGAGAGAUCUGUGGGAUCUGUGGUAUUAACUGGAUCAGUGAGCUUGAUGGGAUCUGUGGGAUCCACCAGAUCCAUGGGAUUAAUGUGAUCUACAGGAUCCACAGGGUCUGUGGGAUCCACAGGAUCCACAGGGUCAUUGGGACCCCCCCAUACCCGGGGAUCAUUGGGAUCCAUGGGAUCAUUGGGACCUAUGGGAUCAACUGGACCUAUGGGAUCAACUGGGACCUAUGGGAUCCAACCCCACCCGGGAGAAAAAACCGACCCCAAGCCCAGCCAGAACUCCUGGAGCUGAUCCCAGGGGCGGAUCCCAAAUCCUGGGGCUGAUCCUGGGGUUGAUCCCAAAUCCUGGGACUGAUCCUGAUCCAGUCCUGGUCCUGGGGCUGAUCCCAAAUCCUGGGGCUGAUCCCAAAUCCCAGGACUGAUCCCAAAUCCUGGGGCUGAUCCCAAAUCUGAUCCCAGGGCUGAUCCCAAAUCCUGGGGCUGAUCCUGGGGUUGAUCCUAAAUCCUGGGACUCAUCCUGAUCCAGUCCUGGUCCUGGGGCUGAUCCCAAAUCCUGGUCCUGAUUCCAAAUCCUGGGACUGGUCCCAAAUUCUGGGACUGAUCCCAAAUCCCAGGGUUGAUCCUGAAUCUCAGGGUUGAUCCUGAGGCUGAUCCCAAUCCAGAUCCCAAAUCCCAGGGCUGAUCCUGCCUGGAAUCCCAGGGUUGAUCUUGAAUCCUGGACU